UGACCAAACAUUAUUUUUUUGAUCUGGUUGCCUCCAUCUUUUGUGAGCAGGUUUGCACUAGAAGAAGGGAAUAAUUACUGCAUGACACACAUUAUUAAAUUUAAAGGCGCAAUAACUCGCAUAUCGUCAAGCCAAUCAAGAGAACAUAUUGGGACUGUUAUAAAACGACAGAAGAUGUGAGGAAGAGGAUGAAAGGUGGAGGCGCAUGGAGAAGGUUUCAAUCAUUUAGUGCUUAAAUCUUCUGCACGUGUGCGGCAUAGCAGAGGAUUGCAUCACACGAUGCAAGCUGCUGUUGAAGCGUUGGGAGGGGUCCCUGGCAUAGACCCCUGCUUCCCUCAGAGGCAGGUCACAGAGUACAGAUGAUGCCGUCUCUAUAAAGACAUGAACUCAACCCACAAAGGUGUGCACUCUGUGGCAAAAAAAAUAAAUAAAUUAGAAGAGGAGGAUACCGCUUCCUGAAGCACUGUUCAGAAGACAUGGAAGGAUUGCUAUCAACCAGCCAACCUUUUCUACCAAAGAAUUCGGAAAGCAGAAGGAAAGAAAUCAUGAGUCAUGAUGAGAAACUGCAGAGCAAGGAAGAAAUGACCGAUCUGGACAAAGAUAUGAUGACAAGAGAGGGUCUGGACAGGAGGAAUGUCUGGGAGCCGAGCCUUUACUAUCCCCUGGGAAAGGAGUCCUUUCAUUUUGUUGGUCAUGAAAUCAACAUCCGGGAGUCUACGGACUCAUACGGAGCUCUGAUUUGGCCUGGGGCAAUAGCUCUCUGUCAGUUCUUAGAAAACAACCAGCAACAAAUGAACCUGAUGGACAAAGCAGUGCUAGAGCUCGGAGCUGGAACGGGCUUACUCUCCAUAGUGGCAAGUUUGUUAGGUGCCUGGGUGACGGCUACUGAUUUGCCUGACAUCUUGUCUAAUCUGUCCUUCAACCUUCGCCGGAAUACCAAGGGCCGUUCCCGCUACAUCCCUCAGGUGGCUGCCCUCUCCUGGGGCCAGGAGCUGGAGCGAGACUUCCCCUUCCCGUCCUACCGCUACGAUUAUGUGCUUGCAGCUGAUGUGGUGUAUCACCACGACUUCCUUGAGGAACUGCUGAACACUAUGCUUCACUUCUGCAGACGAGGGAGCGGGACGACCCUGCUUUGGGCGAACAAACUUAGGUUCCAGUCAGACCAGAGGUUCACAGAGUGCUUUAAGAGCAGCUUCAACACAACGCUGCUUGUUGAGGUACCGCAGGAGAAUGUGUGUAUAUACAAGGCCACAGCAAAGGAGUGAACAAAUGAGAUGUAAAAGCUGGAAACUAGUUUACAAACUUCCUAAAUUUAUUUGUCUUUUGUUGGUUUAAAGGAAAUGUUUGGCUUGUUCCGUUAUCAUACAGUUCAUAUUUUCCAGUAAUGUCACAUGAAAUCAAAUCACUGUAAUACUUUCCAAGUACCCUUUUGGUUUUGAUACGGGCCUGUAUGACAUUCCUUGACUGGAGUAUAAACACCAUAUUGCAAAAUGCAAAGUUCCUGACACAAGAUUUCAUAUGAAUAAACUAGUUUUAUUUUAAUCUUUUUAAACAUUUUCUACUUCUGAACAAUAUAUAUAUUUUUAAGAAAUAAUUAGUUUCCUAUUAUUUACCUCAGAAAAAAACCAACCCGACACAGUGCUUCAUUCACAGUUAUUCAUUAUAAGUGACAAUAGUUGAUCAAUAAAUAAAUGUUUAUGAAAUAUUUAAAAA